CGUGUUUCCAGAUCUGAUUGGCGGAUUUCACCUAUAGAAAUCUGGCAACCUCACAUAUGUCGAAAUCUAAUUCAGAUCGGCUAAUCGCACUUAUUAAAAGUUUGUUAUUUACCAAAUGUAUUCAAAUUAAAUAUUUUACUUGCAUGAUUAGUUCUAUACAUGACACAACUGAUCUAAAGGGGAUGGUAAGGCGGAAUGGUGGUUUUACAAGCGGGAUGCUUUUUGGUAUUUCUUGCAACUAGUGGGAUGGCAUCCCCCUCAACUCCAGCCCUGCUCCUCACUAUAAUGUGCUCCUCAUUUUAACAUCUCCUCCGCUGUACAUAAAUGCCAAGGGGAAUUAUUUCUAUUUGUAUAUUAACAUCUAGUGGCCAAACAUACUUGGAAGUAUGCAAAAGUGACAUCAAAGUGAAUCUGGAGUGUUUUAAUAAUUAUGCGCUCAGCACACGGAACGGAAUGGAGCACAUCUGUUACUCUGAGCACGAGAUGGGGUUGUGGAGCACAGAACCGCUCUGAAUACAGUGUAAUAAUGCUUAUACACAAUACAGACAGAUCAGCGUACAUAGACUUUGAAGCGAACAGAUUGAUUAAUCUAUUAAUUUAAUUAAAUCGUCGAAGCUCUUUGUGGUUAAAUAAUCGCACAAUGUCAUACCGCGAUUUUAUUUUAAUUAAUUGUGUGUGUGUGUGUGUGUGUGUGUUAUAUGAAUAUAUACUGUAUUAAUGGCCGUUAAGUACGCUACAUUAAUAAAACAAAACAUUAAUAUGUGAAUACGCAUGCGCAUUAAAACAUCCACUACAUUAAAAUCCAACACGCAAGGGAUUAGAUUAGAAAAAACAAAGAAAAAAAAAAAAAAAAAAAAACUCUCUACAGGCGGGGCAAUAAAUGUGAAAAAAAGAAAGCGAAACUCACAGAAAACACACCCGCAUCCGGCAGAGCACAAACAAAAGAUAUCUCUCCCUUCAGUUUGUUAAGGAAUGUCAACAUCAGAGCUUUCCAUCGGCAGAUUUGUUUAAACCAAGAUGGACACCAGGAAACGAUUACAGAAACUACUGUCAGAUUAUGUUGUGGACACACUCAGAUACAUUCAUACAGUUAGAGACUUUUGCGAUAAAGAGUAUAAAUGGACCCUUCAGAGAGAGACAGAGCUCGAGAAGAUGAGAGACAUCAAGGACCAGGCAGACAAAAUCAGUCUUCGGUUUGAGCAUGUUCAGCGCUCAGAAAACAAAGCCAAGGCUUUUGGGGAGUACCUGUGGAGUGGUUUAACUCAGGUCACAGCUGACUCCAGAUAUCAGGAGCUGGAGAAGGAACUGGGUGCCAUCCUGAAGGACACUCUUGAGGGGCUGGAGAAACUUGACCACUUCUUGGAUGCAGUGGAGAAGUUAACAGUCACGUCACUAUUUGUCUUCACUGGACAGAGUUUUCUGCCGAAGGGAGAGAGCCCUGCAAGUGUGCGAGCGGUCAUCACAGCUGCCAGAAUGGCCUGCCCUCUCCUCAUCCACUUUAAAAGAAAUUCAAAAGAUUUCUUCCUUCCUGUACUCAGUAAUGUGGAUGUCCUGGCCUUUCAACUAGACAAAUACAUUUGCACCACACAACAGCUUUGUGAGCGAAUGGAGAAAAAAUCCAAGAGUGUUUUGUGGUCUGGAGGCUUCCAUGAAUGGAAGAAAGGUGAGGUUGUGAAGUUCAGUUUGAACUUAAGUGAAAACUCCAUGCAAAAAAUGCUUGAGCAUUUAAAAAAGUUAUGGGAAAUAAGGAUGGACCAGCAUACCAGGCUGACAUUCAUGUUUCAGAAAGAUGCUCUGUACUUCAUUGGUUUAUUUAGUCAGUGUCACUCUAGAAUGGAGCUGUUCCUGUCAGAUCUGGAGGGCAGUGCAGUUCAGCUGGACAGGAUGAAGAUGGGGGCCAGUAUCUCCACUGUGGCUGGAAGUUCAGUGGGGGUAGCAGGGGGUGUCUUGUCCAUUGUUGGUCUUGCUCUUGCCCCUGUCACUGCAGGGGUGUCUUUGGCACUCACUAUAACAGGGGUUAGUCUGGGGGUGACCAGUGGUGUCAAUAGUCUGGUCACAGGCAUUACUGAAGCUGCAGUCAACAAUCACCAUGGGAAAAAUGCUCAAAGCAUUUUCCAGAGAUUCAUGGAUGAUGUGCAGAAGAUUCUAGACUGUCUGGAGAAGGCCAGCAGUACGGAGCGUUUAGAGGGGCCUGAUGUGGUCGAUAUGUUUGGAGCUAUGAAGUUGAUUGCCCGUGUUGGAGGAGUGGCCAAAAGUAUUGAUGCCAUGGUGGAUGCAGCUUCAGCUGUAAAAGUGCUCAGAAGUGAGGAGGUGAUUGUGACUGCAACCAAGGUAGGGCUGCAGGAAGCACAAAGUGCUCGCAACAUUCCCAAGCUAGCUGCAGACCUGCCUGACAUUGGGCAGCUGGCAAAAGGGACGCCGCUUGCACUCUCAAAGUCUGCUAGAGCUGGAUUUAUCACUUUAAAUGCCCUCUUUAUUGGCUUGGAUGUCCUUUUUAUUUGCAAAGACAGUAUAAGUCUGGCAAAAGGGAGCAAGAGUGAGGCCUCUAAGCUCAUCCGCUCCAGAGCAGCUCUGUGGAAAUCUGAGCUGGAGGCCUGGCAGAAGAUUCAUGAUUCCUUAUGCGUAGGAAUAUGGAGAUUCAAGAAGAGCCAGGAAGUUUUGGAGCAGCUCUUUCUUCCUUAGAUAUACAAUUGGGAAAUAAAUGUGAUUUAAUAACAAUUUUAUAUUAAAAACACUGCUAUUAAAAAUUACUGCUCAAGAUUGAGAAGAUGAGCAUUUAAUAUUUGCAUUCCAAAUUAACAUCUGCAUCUAUAUAUAGCAUGGCAACAUAUGGUUGCCUGGAACAGUGGUCCUGGACACAUAUUAAUAUGCAUUAAUACACUUGAGAAUUUAACAUGAUUUUAAUAGUUAUUAGAUAGAAUUUAAAAGUCAUUACACACUGGUGGAGGUCUAACAUUGUAACUCUUUGUUCUUCCUGUAUACACAUGUACAUAUGAUUUAAAAUGUCAUAUAACAAAUAUCUUAUAAAGAUAUGGAGCAGCAAUC